AUGUUCUGCUGCCGUGUGCUUGUGUUGCUCACUUCCGUGCUGGCAACAGCCGCUGCUGCUUGUGCAAACGUAUUCACUCUGUUCCGCAAGAGUGACGGAAGUACAAAGUACGAGCAGACGCUCUGGUACAGCAGAGUCACUGCGGGCCACAACAAGGAAAUGGUGAAGGACAGUCCGUGUGACCAAUACAAGCUCUUCUUUCAGAUCAGUGAGGGCGCUACAGUGGGCGGUGCUGGCGUGGGGUUCAUUGUUUUGGUUGUCGCCAUUGUACAGCUGUUUGUGAUCUACAGAGCCUCUUCAUUCAGGUGUGGUAUUUUCACUUUCUCAUUCAUCGCGUUUGCCGCGUGUGGAGCCUGUGUGGGCCUUCUCGUGUUUGGAUAUAUGAAGGGUUACUGCCAGAACGACGAUUCCCUGAGGGACGCAUAUGCUCCGUUCAAGGACAGUGGAUACCAAUUCGCGGAGGGAUUCUACCUUAUUUGUGCUGCAUGUGGGCUGUUUCUCUUUUCCAGUCUCUUCCAGUGCUGCGCGUAG